CGGCCUGUCUGUGACUACAGGUCCCAGCAUGCCAUGCACCCAGACGAGGCCGUGCGCCAGGGCUACCGGUCCCGGCGUGCCGCACUCCGCCGGGAUCCCUGUCCGCCCGGCUCUCCGCGUUCCGCGCCCCGUGCGCGUUGACUACAUGCCCGAGCAGGCAGCGCUCGCCGAUCUCUCGGGCGCCCGACUGUCGCGGUCAGCGGAAGACUACAAUUCCCAGCGUGCUCGACACCAAGUCCCUCCCCUGAACUACAACUCCCGGCAUGCAACGCUCCCGACUGCUCCUCCCUUGUCCCCGGGAAGAUUGGCGCGCCCACUGGAGUACUACAGCUCCCACCGGGCUAAUGCCCUCAAACUACAAGUCCCAGCAUGCACUGUCCCCGUUUUGGUCCUGGGGAAAAUUACACAUGCGAGGGGAAGACUACAACUCCCAGCAUGCCUCGCGACCGAUGCCGCCUCGCGCCCUCGCCGUGCCCGGAGCGUGGCCUGCCGGGAGCUGUAGUUCGCGGCUGGUCUCUAACGGUCCCGCUGGUGGUACUCUUCCCCCCCUCCCCUCGGCCUGUCCCCUCCCCCACUCGCUGGCUGCUGUGGGAAGAGACAGGAGCCGAGGCGGAGGAGGGGGAAGCCGCGCAGCCACCGCCACGGACACUGGGAGCGGGGACGCCGCCGCCGCCGGGGAGACCAGCCACCGUCUCGUUCGCCCGCAGAGUUCUCAGUCUUCCACAAUGAAUCCUGUUUACAGCCCUGUUCAACCUGGGGCUCCCUAUGGAAACCCUAAGAACAUGGCUUACACAGGUUAUCCAACUGGGUAUCCCACAGCUGCCCCUGCCUACAAUCCGAAUAUGUAUCCAACCAGCAGCCCUGGCUAUGCCCCAGCUACACUUCUGAUGAAGCAGGCCUGGCCACAGACAUCCUCCUCUUGUGCCACAGAGGGUACCUUUCACCUCCCAGUGGACACUGGGACUGAGAACAGAACUUACCAAGCUUCAUCUGCAGCAUUCAGGUACACCGCUGGGACUCCAUACAAGGUCCCACCUACCCAGAGUAACAGUGCACCACCUCCCUAUUCUCCAUCUCCAAAUCCGUACCAAACUGCUAUGUACCCCAUCAGAAGUGCCUAUCCACAGCAGAAUCUGUAUGCCCAGGGAGCUUAUUAUACACAGCCUGUGUAUGCGGCACAGCCUCACGUCAUCCAUCACACCACCGUGGUUCAGCCAAACAGCAUUCCAUCGGCUAUCUAUCCAGCCCCUGUUGCUGCACCUAGGACUAAUGGUGUGGCCAUGGGAAUGGUUGCUGGGACCACCAUGGCAAUGUCAGCAGGAACCCUGUUGACCACUCCACAACACACUGCAAUUGGAGCACAUCCAGUUUCUGUGCCAACGUACAGGGCUCAAGGAGCCCCUACCUACAGCUAUGUACCUCCACAUUGGUAAACGUGAUGGCCAAUCCAUAUCCGGAGUCAAACAUUGUAUGCAACUACUCAAGUCUUACAUCGGUGCUGGAGCAACUGUACCACAGCACCAAGUCUGUUUGCAAGAACAAAACAAAAAGUGCAAGGGUCACUUUAUGCAUUCUUUAGUGUUUUUUGUAAAAGCUGCUUUUUCUAAUCUUCUGUCUCUAUUUUUUCCUCUUCUCCCCCCAGUCCCACCCAAAUUGUGAAACACCACAGACUGACACUGAGCAGUAGCCAAGGUCUCUCUUUGAUCCUCUCAUUUUAAAGUUCAGAAUAUUCACUUUUCUAUGGUGCCCCAUUCAGUGGUGCAAAGAUCCCUGUUGGUUGGUUGGUUGGUUACUUUUUGUUGUUGCCGAGAGUCUGUUUUAUUUGACUAGUAAGAGCAAUUGAUGUUCAGGGUACUAUGUGAAAAGCACAUCAUUGGUAGGCAAGUUUCUUCCAGUUUGGUUUCUUUUUUUGUUUGUUUGCUUAAUAAUAUAAAUUAUUUAAUUUUCCAUAACACAUUACAAGAAAAUUGGUGUCUUCCAGAUAGGUGUUGUGGUAGGCUAUAAUUCAUUCUCCGCAUAUAAAUACUGAGCUCAUUCCUUCUUCUGUAGGAUUAAGGGAAUAUAAACCUUAUUAGCGGCAUCACACACUUGUCUUCGGAAACAGAAAGACUGUUCACCACCAGGGGUUUGUCUGCUUUUUAAAAUUGGGGGAAUAUACUCCAUACAAUGAGAAUAGAGAUGGAGGGGAGAUACACACUGCCAUAGGAAUUGGAUCUUAUUGGGAAAACAAGACACCCCCUGUGCCGGUCCAUAUUAAUUUCACUGUGUAACAGACAGGACGGUUCCUUUCACUUGCUAACACAGAUGUAGGCUAGGCAGUUGUAAAAGGAAACAAAGGGAUUUCCAGUUGUUAGUUAGCCUCCACAGGGACCAGCGAUUUGGGAAGAGAAGUGGAGAAGCUGGUGGAGAAGAGUGCUUAAGGUCGAGCUAGGGAGAAUAUAGGUCUGCUUUGCCCUGCAUCCACUCCAGGCUCAGACACACCAGUGUGAGGUUUGUGGCUAUAUCAAGACCUCUUUUUAGUUCAAACUCACUUGGGUGCAAUUUGUAUCAUGAUGUAACUUGGGUUCUAAAGCAGGUGAAAGUGUCUCCAGUCACUUUGAUUGCUAAUUGAGCGCGAUUACUGUACUACUGGGCAGAUCAUAACAGUAAAUUGGGGUGCCAGUCUUGUUUCUUUGAAUACAGUUUAACUCCAUAGUAGUCACAGGGAGAGCUUUAUCUGAACACAGUUUCUUACAUUGUAGAGAACAAUAGUAUUACAAGGCAUUCGCCAGUGGAUGGGAUGAUACAGGGUGCUAGAGGUCACACUGCUUUGAACAGAAAAGAAUAGGAAAUAUGGUGACUAACAUGAAGCAAUAGCAAUAAAUUUGUUGCCUUACUAGCUAAAAGGCACUUACCUGGAGGAGAUGGAAAAAUGAGGGCAAUCAGUCAUUUAGUUUGGUUUAGAAACUAAAGGCAACAGGCUUGCACAGCCAAUGGGACGUGAGCAAGUCACUGAUUUUUUUAACCCUGGAAUUCCCAAAAGGGAGAGCUGGUGUCGUCAGCCAUGUGUCAUUUCCAUUUUGUUGGCUUUUUGUGAGGGGUCUGAGUAGAGCAAUAAGGUUUUGCAGAGGGAAGGAGGCAAGAAUACAAGUAUUUAGAAAUGAUGGUGAAGGUACCUAUGAUUUAUUUUUCAGUUAUUAUCCCAAAACACAGCACACAAGACAGAGGAGGCGUUGUUUUGUGUUUCGUUUUGGUAGAGAAAAAUGUUGUUGUUUUUUAUCAAGCUGUGCCAAAAGAGUUCCAUUCACCCAAAGGCGUGUGUGUCUGCAGCUCUGAUUUCUCUGGGCCUCCAGUACUAUGGUAGUGGGCCAAUCUAGAGUCAUUUUUUUAAAAAGAAUCGAAUUAACAGAAGUAUUGAUGGGGAAUAAUUUCCUGUGCAGCCAGCAGGCCUGGACUCGGUCCCCAGCCCAAAUUAAUGGUGUUGGCCAAUCAUAGUUAAAUGUCUGUGCUAACCGCUGGACUUGGAUCAUGCAUACACUGGACCUUUACCUUUAGCUAGGGAUGACAAAAGAGUAAUUUGCAAGGGGGAACCUAUUUGGGGGUUUUCCCCCAGCUAAUGAUUCUGUUCUUCUAGAUGCCAGAUCGUAGAAUCUUUUUUUAAAAAAUUAAUUAUCAAGGCUUUCAGCAGCAGGUUAAGGCUCCAGUCCAGUACAGCGCUUCAGUACAGGAGUCAUCCCAUUGAAGUUUAAAGUCAAGCCCGUGCUUAAGUACUUGCCAGCUGAGCAUCUGCAGCUCUCAUUGAAGUCAGUGGGAGCUGCUGGGCAUCAGCACCUUGCAGGAGCCUGGUUUUAACUGGGGCACGUCGGGGCUGCUUUCUCUGCUGCUGGUUUUGUUGUUGGUGUUUAUCCUGGUCUUUUACCAGAUCAGAUGGUAUGUCAGCAACUCUGAACCGGGAGUUUAUUUUUUUGAAGGAACUCUUUUUAAAGGAGUCAAGCUCCGAUUCUCCUUCCCUGCCCCCAAAGCAAGCUAACUGGCAAAGCCGGAACGCCGUCAUUUUAAUCACUUGUAUUUUUUAUUUUUAAACCAAUCGUGGGGGAGGGGGAAGCAAAAUUUCAUAAGAAUUUAUACCGUGUGGUACUUUGUGUUGCACUUUGAUUUUGUAAAAAAGAAAAAGGAAAAAUAAAAAAAUAAAAAGAAAAUAUUCAGUGUUAACCUAUGUAGCUUUGCAAAGUCCGGUCUUAGGGUUAGUACUUAAAGGGGAAUGUGUGUUUUAACUGACGUAAUUACUGUACUUCAUUCUUUCACUGUUUGUAACUCACUGAAAUCAAAUCCAGGCAAAUAUCAGGGGGAUUUAAGAGCACUCAAAUACCCUUUUUGCCCUCAUUAUAUUGUAGGUUUCCUAUUAAAGUGACUACAUAUCGAGGUUCAUCUGUCAGUCAUGUUUAAACAUGCUGCACUGAACACGUACCAUACAAUAAACUCUGCUAGUAAACAUGAUGGUACUAGAAUUUACAGUCUCAAGAGCUGUGUUAGCACACUUUGGGCUAUGUAAACUCGUAUGUUUCAAAACAAACAUCCUCAAGUAGCUAUUGUUCUAUUUGUAUGUAAUAUACGCUGUUAAUUCAGGAAGCAGUUAAGAUAGGAUCCCUAAAAUGUCACAAUCCCCUUUUUCAUGUCUAAAAAGAAAAUACUAAGCUUCUUAUUAAAAAGAGAGAAAACACUCAAUUUGGGUUUGAAAGCUUCAGUGUGCCUAAUAGAGCACAGAGAAAUCAUUCUAGAUUGACAAAGAACUCCACGUGAGCUGUUUGUUCAAAGGACGUUUAACUUCCCCAAAGCAAAGCUCUGCAUUGCAGUGUUGAAGUUUGGAAAGCAAUUUAGGCCUAAAACUGACCUAUUUUCCAUUACUACUGACUAAGGUUCUAAAGAUAAAGAGGAAAUCCCUUUGUUAAGGAGAGAGAGAUACUGAUAUGUGUUGCCAUUAAUGAGAUCGGCUGAGUGUUUUUUCGUCACUUGGAUUAAUAGCGGGUCUAUUCCAUCUGACCAUGUUAUGCAUGGGCAGAAACGUCCAUUAGCACAAUUGGAGUGCAAGGAUGUAGAAUCUAUAUAGCCUAUCUAUACAGGUAGGGAAUACCUUUGAUUAGCCACCACAUUGUAGAGAUGCUGCCAGGGUUUUAUUUAGGGUUUUCCCAUAGAGAAGAACCUCAAACCUAAACAGUCACACACAGGUACACAUUAUAGAGUUUGAGUUUUAUUGCUCUAUUCUGACUAGUACAUUGCAAGAUGUUGGAUUGCAGUGCCUGCUAAAGUAUGCAGUAGUUCAUAACGACCAUUUUAUCUCUGAAACAGUAAUUGCUUGUAAGGAGGGACCCAAAUGUAAACACUCCUGACGUUUAAGAAGGUUCAGAAUCCAAACCCAGGACCAAAUUUUGCAAAGGGCCUCUAUCCCUAAGGAUGGUUCCCAGCUAAAAUUCUGGAUCCACUCACCCCACGAGUGUGUUCGAAAUCUGGAUCUAAAUGUUGUGGCUUGUGCCCAUUUCCAGUUCCCAAAUUGACUGGCUUCUCCAGUGAAGCCCUGCUACCACGCAGUUCUUUAAUACCUUGCCCUCGUCUGAGCAAAGGACAAGAGAGCUCAUGUCUCCUCAGAUAGGCAGGGGCUGCGAAAUAGAACACUGCGGCUGUAGGCCCAGAAGAAGCUUCUGGGCACCAGAGUUUUCAGUGCAAACUUGACUUAGCUGCUGAUUGACGACAGUCACUACCUUUGAUUGACACACAUUGGAAAAUGGAGGCAAGAUUAUCUGCAGAAAUAUGGCUGUUAUUUGUCAUCAGCUUUAUAAGCAAUGAUUGUGGGUGCACUAGAAAGUUACAGUGUAUCAUGGAAGUGGCCUUACAGUGAAUAACUGAAAACAUCUGCAAGUGGCUAAGUCCAGUUUAGUUAUUUCAUAACAUGCAGGACAAACACAGAGCAGUUGUUCCAGGCGUCAUUAUAGAGAAGAGCUAGGAGUGUAUUGGUCCAGUAUAGUAAGGAAAUUGUAAAACAGACCUAUCACAUGAUUGAUUUUCCUGGUGUCUGACAUCCAAGAUUAGGAGAGUGCCAGGAAAAGCUGACUCUGCAGAAGAGUGCUGGGGUAUUUCAGAUCAUGAACAAGAGACCAAAUUCCAAAGUUGCUUUGUUCUAGCUCCCAGGACAAUAGAUUCUGCCACGGUGUGCCCCCACCCUCCCACCUCCACUUUGCUGUUUUUUAAAUACUAUGGAUGUGCUCUUAGUUCAGUUCCCUAGUGGAGAGAGAUCCCCCUGACAAAGCCACUAGCCUGCGGAGUACCAACGAAUACCUUUGUUGGCCAUCUGCUUUGGAAGGGCUGUGAGAGGCUGAGCUGUCUGUUCAUCCUUAGAGAGGGGCUCCAGAAGAAGACUCAGGCACGCUGGUAGGGAGCAGACUGGGGGAAGCCUGCACUGCCUGGCACCGUCCAGCCUCAUUCGUGUUCACUUUCAAACAAGAGAGAGGGGCUAAAUUCCAACCAACAAAAAACCCUCUGACGCCUAUUUUAGUUUCAAUAAUGUUAUGGUCAGUUGCAACACUAAACCCAGCGGGCCUGAUUCCCACAUCACAUACAGUGGUGUAAAUUCAGUUACUCUAUUAACUGAAGUGAGAUUACCCUGGAUUUAUACCUGCAACGCUGAGAUCAGAAACUGACCUGGUGCGUUCCCAUUUGAUGCUGAAAUGAGGGCCUCCCAUAGCAGGGUUGAAAGGACCCCCCUCCUAAGUAGUAAACCAUUUGCAGGAGGCCAAAAAACCCCAGAGGACAUAGACCCAUACUGCAUUUUAGACAUAGGAGCUAAAUGGAUUGAGGUGGCAACCCUAAGUUCUAUUGGAGAUCAAGACAUUUCAGCUCAAUCGCAGAGCAAGAUUAAGUCUAGUAACUGCGGUGAAUGCCAGUACUGACUCCAGUCCGGGUGUACCAAACCGAAUAGUGCCCAUGGGAUUUUGCUGUCAAUGCCUGGAAGUAAAUCAAAGGAGCUUAGCUGUGGAGUGAAAUUACAGUAGGCUGAUGAUUAAUUUGCAUUUGCCUGGUCUCUGCUUGGAUGACAACACUUCUGGUUGUUGCAGUAUCGGAUCCCAUCUGUAAACUGUUAUCCUAGAAAUAUUCCAUUGUCAUUUUUUUAAAUAGAAGUGUCUGGGAAAUAACAAGGCCAAGAAACAUUCCAAAGCUAGUAAAAGCAGAAGGCAGGGGGCCUCCUUCCUGCAAGCAGUCAAGUCUUCUGUAGUGGUUCUGUUCCUUUUGUACUUGUGUUUGAUUGCUGGAAAGAGGGACCUAGUUUAAAUCAAUUAAGGAUAGAAAAGCAGGAGACCAUCCAGUAACACACAACAAUGAAGAUAUAUUUUUAGUGGAAAGAGAAGGGAGCCAGAGCUAAUGGCUGUGCAGGUGGACUGAUUGAAAUGUGUUUUCACGUGGUAUAAUCCUGUAACAAAUGCAGAGAUUAGGACUUUGGCAGUGGUUUAAUGAGAUGAUUGCCUGAAAUAUUGGUGGCAGAGAAGCAAGUCCUUGCCUGCUAUAGAGUGGUCUGAUGGUCUAAUGCUUAGUGGUUCCCUUCCAGCACAUUUGAUCUGUCACGGCUGUGGCAGUGAUCUGGAGUCUGGCUGCUGAUUCCCUGUCUUUGUGAAUUACACUUUCAGUUGGCCCGAAAGAUCCUGCUUAAUAUGCUGAUUUAGAGUUUCAAAUACAGUCAUUAUAUGUCCACCUUGCAGGGGGAAAGUAGGCAUCAUGGGCCACUGAGUCUCGGUCUUUAUCGAGUCUUAACUUAGGUGAAGCUCUCACUGAAGUCAGUGCCUGAUGAGGGACUGCAGGGUAGGCUCUGUGGGUGGGAUUCUGGUAUGGGACAGAAUUUUAACAUAGAGGCUCAGAUACUUUUACUCACAAUGAAAAUUGCCUUAUUCCUUGAAUAGUCCCACUGAAAUCAGUGGGACUAAUUGAUAAGAAAGGCGCUAGGAUCUGAAAAUCUGGCCCACGUGUGAGUUAACUGCAGUAAUUGGGAUCCAAUAUUUAACACACGGACUCUUUGCUGGAGCACUGCUUAUACAGAUUUCAUUUUGAUUGAAAGCAGUUGAGUGGAAGGACAAGGGGACCAAAGGGCUAUGGAAUUGCAUCUCUGAUUAACUGGGAAGAGGGUUAUUGUUGGACCAGUGCAGAAGGGGUUAAAAUGCAUUCACAUUUUGUGGUGAUGCAUUACCUCUGUUGUGACUGUUUUUCUCAACUUUAAAGGAUACCGUAUAAAUUAUAUGGUGAUUAAAAUCCCACGGAAACGGUGGAGAGAUGAAAGCAUUGUAAUGAAAAUAACGAUCAAAGUUCCAGUUAUGUCCAUUAACCAGUCCCUUAUAUACCUUUGCUUUAAGACAUGUACUGUAAUGCAAGACUUGAAAAAAUGCAUAUUAAUAGUUGUGCUGGCCCAAAUCAAUGUCAAAGAACCUUGGAGCACAUACAGAAUGUGAUUCCAAGAGACUCAGCUGUGUGUACGAGUAUUUGCUCCUGUAUUUUAUGAACAAUAAUAACCUAGUAAAUCUUUUGGCAGUUCUGAUAUGUAAUUUAAGCGCUUUUUACCAUACGUGUUAUUUAAGUUUUUGUUUUAAUGAUUGAUGUUUAUUAUUCUUAACUAGAGGAACUUUAUGGUUGAACUGAAGUUGGAUGCUUCUUUGAGCUACAGGGAGCAUUUCAGAACACAAGUCUGUGGGCUUUCAUUUCAAACGGGAGUAUGCAACAUUUCCUAGAGUGCGAGGCAAAAACUAAGCGACCAGGACACAAUCAUCCCAAUUAAAAUGUCCAUUCCUAAGGUCUAUAUUUUCCUCACCCCUUCCUUCCCGUGUAGCUAUCCCAGCUGUACAGUAAGCCAGGCUGCGUUUGAUAAAGGUGUUGGUUGAUUUCAGUGGCGAGAGCAGCCAGAUGUCAGAGCAUGUAUGAUGUGUAUAGCACGUAUCUCACAUACCCUCUUGCACUGAAGGAGAAAUUCCCCAGAAACACAUAAAACAGGGCCCCAAUCCUGCCAACAGCUCCACGCAACAAGCCCCUUUGUCUUCACAGGGGCUCCAUGCAAGCACAUGGGUCUGCGCCUGCACAGGUGCUUGCAAGAUGAGGGCCCAAGACAGAAACUGUGUCAGCUCUGUUUUAUGUUGUAAGGUUAACAUUGAUCUAGAGUCCAGACAACAUGUUAAACAUUUCCCUACAGUCAACUGUCGUCUUGACUUCUUCCGUUCCCUAGUACUAAUUUAAGAAAAAUCUUCUAGGGACUUUGGAUUACAUAUUCCAGUGUUUUAGUGCUAUGUGGACAUUGUUAGUCAGAGAAACCGACGAGAAGAUGAAAUCUGGCCUUGCUGUUUUAGAAAGGAAAACCAAGCUGAAAACACAUUUUAUUUUUGUUUUUUGAAGAAAUCAACCAGCUUAAAAUAGCAAUAAGAACCAUCAGGCAAUCUGUAAUUCCAAUUUUCUUUUAUUUAAAAUAUUUUCAGUCCAAGUGAGCUCUUCAUUUAAGUUCACAUGCUCAGUCACAGAGUUGUAAGAAAUGUUUAGACCCUACCUUGCCUUAGGGAGCAGUCUUUUAAAUUCAUGCAAUUUGUGUUUCCUGACUGUUUAUUUCUCCAUAAGAUAAUUGCACUUCAUUUGGAGAGAAACCAUUAGAUGGGACCAUUUUGAUGUAACGUCUAAGGGCCACAUUAACAUUCCUGAAAUGAGUUGGGAUUGUGUCCAUUCUCCCUUAGUUUUCUUGGGGCUCUGAUCCCGCAAACUCUUAAACACUUGGACCCAUUUUGCUUGCGUGAGCAGUUCCAUUUCACUCCUUUGGGCUCACCCCCAAGUAAAGUUACGUGCCUGCUGGAGGGUGUGCGGGAUCAUGCUGGGUGUUUUCUGUGCCAUGUGCGAUUGAAUCUGAUUUUUAAAGAAACGGCUCUUUUUCUUCAACAGAGAUUGUUUGCGGGGGGCGGGGGGAAUUGAAGAGGCAUCUUCUGAUUGACAUUCAUGUGGGAUCACUUAGAUUCAUUGGUAAUCAGGUAAUAAUCUGUUAUGAGGAUUAUCUCUACGUCUGUGAAAAGUGGGAGCGUCAAGCUAUACAAUAUAAUUACAGCUUUUCCCUGUUGAUAAUGGUAAAUUGCCGAGUUUUUUUAAAAAUCAUUAUGUAACAUUUCAACCCACAAUAUUUCUUCCUCUUUAUAUUUCAAGAGGUUAUAGAAUUCCAUCACCCCCACCCACUCAGACCACCCACUCCCCUCACAGAUCAUGACUUUUCCUUUACUAUGACUGUUAAACCACGCUUGUGUACUAGUCCCCUUGGGUCCACGCCUGUGCUAUGGUGAGUGCCUCCUGUGCCAUGGCAUGCAGCAAACCAUCCUGGUUUGGCAAACUGCUUAAGCAUGUGCUGAACUUUAAGCACGUGCUUAAAUCUUUUUCACUUUAAAUUGGAUUUAGACAUGUGCUCAAGUGCUUUGCUGAAUUAGGGAUUGACUCAAGCGUUUUGCCAAACUUGGGUAACUGGGGGCUGAGGGUGCUCAGCGCUUGGUAGAAUCAGGAUCUUUGAUAGAUCAAUUCACAAGGAUAACCGCUGUCAUCAGCUAUGGUGAGGAAUAGAAGUGGAUGCAUUUUCUAUUACUGAUGGCAGCCAGCCUUAAAUUUGCAUGGCUCAAGUUGUCUCUGAUUAUUACUUACUUUGUCUCCCCUCCUCCUACCCCCGUUUGUAUCAUGUUCACUUACAAGCAGGACAGAAUUCUGCACCUUUUUGCCAUUUUACAUUUGCGUCCUAAACAUGACUGCCGAUACAAUCCGUGCCAAUACCCAGGAACUGUUUAGAUUUCAUAGCACAUAACAGAGAAAUAUUGCUCUCGGAGUGUGUAUUAUUUUUGCUUUUUUAUGAUUUUUAAAUUAAUUUUGAACAACAGUACAGCUUGGAUUACCUAGUUUUAAAUUUUAUUGGAACUCUUAAGCAAAAAAUGAAAAAAGAAAAAAAGAAAAAAAAAGAAAAGUUGAAAAAAAAAGUAAACAAGUCUUCCAGGUUUAAAUCAAAGGACUCAAUGGUGUGUAAGAAACAUGGCCUUGAGUUUAAGAAUUGGAAAGCCCACAGCCGCAGCUUGUGAAUAUGAAGUGUAAAUCUGUUUUGGG